AUGAACAACGCAACUGCACACGACGCGGAACUAGGAUCGAAAAACACAGCGUACGCUUUUGUUUUUGGGGCCGUGAUCGUGGUCGGCUUACCUCUCAACGCCGUCGCGCUAUGGAUCCUGCUUCGACGUCACAGCCACAAAUCUCCGAGCGCAGUUUUCAUGGUCAAUCUCGCCAUUUCGGAUUUGUUCCUCGCCAUUUCGUUGCCGUGGAGAGUGUACUUCUAUGCCACGGGGAUUUGGCCGUUGGGCGCUAUGGCUUGCAACUUCGUCACCAUGCUUUUUCGAAACAACAUCCGGUCAAGUUCGAUUUUUAUCACGUUCAUAAGUGUGGAUAGACUUUUGGCUGUUGUGUACCCUUUGAGAUCCCGGCAUAUAAGAACUGCUUCGAAUGCGUUAAAAGCUACUGCCAUAGUCUGGAUUUCUGUGGUACUUAUCAACAUCCCUGAGAGUGUAUAUUUGUUAAAAGACUUAAGAUCUGUCAAUGAAUCUAUAUGCUUUGACUAUUUCGGCAAGAUCAAGCUAUCCCCAUCACCGAUUUUUUACGUACAACCUGUUUUAGUCCUGACUUUACUGUUGAUAAAUAUACUGUCCACUUUGCUGGUAUCGUUUACUAUCAGGAGGCAUGUCAGUGUCUCAGCCAAAGUGGAAAACAAAGUUAAUGUUAUGCUGAUUUUUGCGAUGAAUUUAAUGAUGUUUAUGAUAUUUUUCUUGCCGAUUUCAUUGGUGGCUUUGUUUAGAAAUUUCCCACAAGUCAUCACGCCACUGCUUUGUCUGGCAAGUAUUAACUGCUGCUUGGAUCCCCUGCUGUAUUACUUCUCUUUUGAUGGAUUUUGGAAGAGGACAGAAGAGGGAGAGCAUAGUUAGAAGGACAUUUCAAAUCUAUUUACC